GUUUUGUAAACAUCCGUCAAAUAGUCAUUAAAAGCGUUUAUCUAAUUCUAGCUUUGACUUAGAAUACAUUUAUGUAUUCCAUUUCCUUAAUAAUAUUAUAAUUUACGCCUGUAUAAGGGCAUUUUACUAGACUAUGAAUAAUCUUUGAUGACGGUAAAAAGAGAAUGUGCUGAAAGAAAAAUCCGGAAUAGGACAAUUGCUAAACUCAUUCGUAAUAAGAAUAAUAUACCUUUUGUGUAACCACAUUCACCUGUUGAAACAAGUACUUGAAAUCCACACCAUGUUUUUGUAAAUAACUCGUGUCGAUUUAUAUCGUGCUUAGUUGUUAACAAAGAAAAUUUUACGAAUCAGUCAAUACAUUAAAGUAUUGAUUCUCUUACAUUAGAAGCGCGCAUUUUACCUGAAUACUUCGGCAGGAGGGGUGAUAAUUUCAACUUGGAUUUAUAAUGGCUGUAGGGAACUUGUCUUCGUCAACAACGAGUCUUAAAAUAGCAGCAAUAUGUUUAGGUCUUGUUUUUAUUCUCCAUAUUGUUGGAUUUGCUCUCCCUAGAUGGUCUUCCCUGACGCUUUCGGCUGACUUGUGGACUAUCAUUUCUGUUGACGUGUCCUAUCACGUUGGUUUAUGGAGGGAUUGCAGCUGUGCGAGUGUUCUAGGAACAGAAACAUGCAGCUGUUUCUUAAAAAUAUCUCUUCCAGAGUGGCUGAAGGGGGUUCGGGCUUUGGAAACACUAGGGAUGAUUGGAUUGCUGAUUUCAACAAUUAUUUCUACAGUUAUCGUAUGCACACGACAAGACAAGACUAUCAGAGGUUUCAACAUACUCUGUGCUGGGGUCUCAGGUCUUUUUAUCGUCACUGGUGUUAUUAUUUUCGGUAUUGAGAAUGCUGAGGACUUUGAAGAGUUGUUUAGCUUCAUUGAGUCGCUUCCGAUUGGUUUUGAUACUCAUGGCACUCUAGCAGCGGGCUUUAUUCUUUGUACUAUAGCUGGAGGUCUAUGCCUUGUUGUUUGCGUGCCUCUCUUGGUGAAUGAUUAUCUUGCACCCAUACCAACAGCUGCACAACAAGUCAGUCCAAUGACUGUACAAUAUGCAACACAAGGUCAAGUUAUUAUUCCGCCGCCGGGACAGACACAUGUUGUUGUCAACACGAAUCAAAACCAGCUUGGCUACAUGCCAGGAUAUACUCAAGCGCAACCUGGUUACGUUCAACCAGGUCAAAUUAUGCAGGGACCACCUGCAUAUGCACCACAGUUUCAGCCCAGCGGUUCACAGAAUCCACGUCAGGAGCAGGAUGUACCAUACAAAUCUUAAAUACCUUAAAUUACAAUUACAGUUUUUCUUUUUAUUUAAACAGCAAUUGUUCAAAAAAUGACAAAGCCAAAUGCACCAAUUAUAAGUGUAUUCUCAUACUAAGUUUGAACUGCAUUGUUGACAAAUUCUAUUUUUUCUUAUAGUACCGUUGUUAUAAAAUAUUUCCGUUAUAAAUCACUUUUUGAAUAAUACUAUGUAAAAUAAAUAUAACAGCAAAUGUACUUCCAUUAUUUCGAAAUUCAUUUGAAAUAUCCGUAAAAAAACAUUUUCAUUUUAAUGUAUUUCGUAAGGCAAGAGAAAAAAAAAUCUCUUGUAAUUAGAAGGUUCUGAUAUAUCUUACGAUACGAAACAAUAAUACCUUUUAAAUAGUUCAAUUUAUUGGAAAAUAUCCUCUAAAUUCUAAAUAACUUUUAUCAAAAUAUGUACUAGAAAAGGGGAAAUGAAUGUUUUUGUAUUAAUAAAAAGUCAGAAACAAUGCGGUUGCAACCGGGUGUUUUAUUCCUAUUAAGAGAAGACUGGCUUUAUUUAUUUCUGCCUCGUCAAAAGGCCGAUCCAAAAGUAAACAUUUAAAGUUUGGUUUCUAUACACUAUAUCAAUAGUAUAUAUUACCAGGAAAAAUGUGGCAUUUUGAUGGUUUAUGAAGUAUUUCAGAAAAAUGAGAAGCUAAAGAAGAGGCAUCUGUAUCUGAUAUUCCGGACUUUGUGUCAUUCCUGUACUUGUGCACCUUUUUCUUAAAAUGUUUAGGUGACUUUUAAUGAUGUAUUAUGCCUGUUAUAAGCUAAAAAGGUAAUAUAAGGCGUAAGAAAAUGUUUGUUUCCGGUAUCCCGACCUACCCUAAAUUUUUGUCCCGACCCUAAAUGUUUUAUAGCCUUGGACAUUUUUUUCAACUUUUUAACAAAAAGUUGCAAAACUGCACUUUUUAUGCUUUAAACAUGGUCAGUGAUAUUAGAAAUCAACUUACUGGUGUUCUAAAGGCAUAACCCCCUUACUUGUAUUCAUUUUUGACACGAAAAUAAUUUCCGAAAAGUCCCACGUAAUAAAAAUAUCCAAAAAUAAAAUUUCGACCUGCCUACCCUAAUUUGUUUAGCAAGUUACCGGAAACAAACGAUUUUUUACGCCUAACCUUUAAGUUUAACUGCUUUCUUUAAAUGAUUAUUCAUUUUCUUCGCUCGCAUUACUUUUUUUCUUCGGUUUUGUAAAAAUAUAGUUUUACCUACCCAUUAAGAUUUGUGUGUGUGUUUUUUUAAACUUUUAACAACCUUGAAAAGAACAGAUUAGAAAUAAACAAGUUUAUAUUCA